CAAAGGCGGGCGUAUUUCUGAUUCCAAAUUCAUAUUCAUAUUCGAUAUUAAUAAAUCCUCGGCGGCUGUUAUAGCAGACCACAGUUCCCGGUCCGAUCGGCAUGAUUCGGCGAUUGUCUGGCGAGCAUUGAGAAGAAGUCAUGGGCUGUGCCAGCAGCACUCCCAUGGUUGCAACGGCGGGUAGCGAAAUGCUGAAAGCCGCCAGCCAUGUCAAGCAGAAGGGCGAGGCCGUCGUCGAAGACGCCUCUGAGACGCUGACCACCACUUUGGACACGGCCAAGGAGACCGUUGGAACGGCGGUGGCGGGAAUUACCAACGAGCUGGGCAACGCCUUUAAGGAGGGCACUCAGGCUCUGGACGAGGCCAAGCACAAGGUCAUGGAGGGGUUGCAUCUGGAAGAGCCCAAGGAAACCGAGGCGAAAGCUGAUCCGGAAGAGGCUACUAUGAGCACUUCCCGGGCUCCAACGCCGCAACUAAAAGAGGAAGAUGCCGAUAGCCUGAAGACCUCGACGCCGGAACCGGAAAUCGAAAGGGCUCUGGCCAACGAGGAGGAGAGUCCGCCCAGUCCGAAACCCACGCUGGAGGAGAUGGUUCAGAUCAGUGCCGAGGUCUCCCAGGUGGCAGAGGUAAUUGCUCCGCCUGCCGUAGAAUCUACUGAAUCAACGGCACCUGCGGCUCCCGCACCUGCAACCGAAUCCUCCGCCCCCGUGGAAAGUCGUAAAGUUCGUCGCAAGGUCGGGGGAAAGGAGAAAAAGGACAAGGAACAGCGAAGACCCAGUACCACCGAGUGGGAGAAGUUCGCAGAUCAGUUGGCCAAAAGCAAGAAGUUCAAGCCCUACGAGAGUUUCGUCCACAGUCACAAUAAGUUCUCCGUUUAUCAGGAUCACACAAGUCUGCGGGACAAGCCGAAUCACUAUGACGGUCAUUUCAGCGGCGGAAACUCGCUGAGUGCCUCCCAGUCGGAUCUGUCCAGCGGUCACAUAACUCCCGCCCCCACUCGUCGAGGUCAGCGGGAGUUCGCCAAGUUCGUGGGCUCCGAACAGCCGGGCAGCAUUUCGCGGUCCAGUUCCAGACUCUCGAACCCCGCCACUGCCAGGACCUUCGAUUUCAAUCCCCAACGCGAACGCAUCAGUCUUCCAGUCACCAAUCGCAUUGGUUCCGGUAUCCAAAGAGCUCCUGCGGAAAGGAUUUCCGGUUGGGGCAGAGGAAGGCCCACACCCUUGGUUGAGGAACCCGGUUAUGGACGCAGGAUGAGCACUGGUUUCCUUCCGCAGCCCUUCCGACCUGAGAGAGAGAAGUUCCUCAGCACUGGAAGCCGCCGAGCAAUACAUCCCAUAACCCCAAUCAAGGAUACGAAAAGGGAAAAGACUUCCAAGAAACAGCCUUCCAAGAACCUUUCUUCUAAAGAGUUUGAUCCUCACAAAACCGAUAAAAGUCCAAUAAGGAUCACCAAAUCAUUGUUAACGGAUACAGUGCGCUCCAGAGAACCAUCACUCCACGAAUUUGAUUCCAUAAAGGCACAUAAGAGUCCUUUUAAAGGAUCAAAUUUGACAAAGGAAAUGCCACUUCCAAAGAAUAUACCUUUUAGAGAACCAUCUUUCAAGGAGUUAAAGUCCUUGAAAAACGACAAAAGCCCCAUAAGAUUGCAAAAACCUUUGACAAAGGAGGUUGUUAGAUCUAGAGAACCCUCUUACAUAGAAUUUGAUGCAUUUAAAGACGAUCAGAGCCCGCUGAGAAUACUAUCUUUGGCAAAGGAAAUGGUUCGAUCUAAAGAACAGUCGUAUAUUGAAUUUGAUCCCUAUAAAGCAGUUAAAAGUCCAUUGAGAAUGCCACAGCCUAUAGUAUUCAAUGAUGACCAUAAGCUGGAAGAAAAAAUAACCAAAAAUCAUCAUACUUCUUCGGAGCAUCUACCUCAAAGAGAUCUCAGUCCAAGUGAGGAAAUUCAAGCCCCAAAUAUCCAAAAUUUAUCCUCGGCACCUCAAACACCUCAAAAGAUGAAAGAUCCUGUGGAAAAAGCUAAGGUGUUCUCCCCAAAGAUGCCAUCACCCCCAGCUUCGCCUGUUUUCAGUUCUAAAUCUUCAGACAGCAGCAAUUUAGAUGUGAUAAUCCAACCCAUGAGCAGUCUGAACACACCCAGUAUCAAAUCCUUUACCCAGUCACCAGAUCAAGUGGUAGUGGAGGGCUAUGAGGAUUCCGAUUUGGAGGCUGCUCUGGCCAGGUUGGAGAUCCUGAGAGGAUCCACGGCCACUUUACAAUCGCUAAGAUCUUGCAGUCCUGGCAAACACACCUACACAGCUUCCCUAUUGAGUUCUCGAAGAACUUCGCCUUGGGUGAUGCGAAAGAACUAUGGAGGCACUAUUGGCAAGGAAAACAAACCAUCUAUAUUGGUGGAAGGUCCCAGGAAAUCCGCAGAGGCCUGCCAUCAAACACUCGAACGCUGCGAUAUUUGCUAUAAUGAUUUCAUCAUAAACUGA